GCCCUCUGAGGGCGGGGAGCAAGGUGUACCGGGGAAACUGAGUGUGGCAGGGUCAUGAAGAAGAGGCGGCGGCGGGAGGCAGGAGGCGGCGGCGGAGGCGUGAAACUGCGGUAGCUGCCUGCUGGACUGGCUAGUGGCUUUGUGGGAAGGGCGUAGUUACUAAUCCCCUCUCCGGGCAGCGGCCGGGGCUCGGGGCUGAGAGCGGCCUUGGGGCCGCCUCCCCGGGCCCCGUGGCUCCGCCAUGUUCCGCAGGGCACGCCUUAGCGUGAAGCCGAAUGUCAGGCCUGGGGCAGGUGCCAGGACCUCCACUGCCCCCAAUCCCCAACGUGGACAAGAGGCUCCCAGGCCGCCGGAGCCUGCAGUGGCUUCUGCCUCGAAGCCAGCGGAGCCUCCAGAUGUGCCCUCGGUGGAUUUCAAGGGAGCGGAGCCCCAAGAAGAGGCUCCCAGGAGGAGUGAUGAAAAGACUGAUGGUGAGAAUGAUGUUGGAGAAUCCAAUAAACCUUCCUCUACUGUUUCACAGAGAAGAAAGCGAAUAUCAAGUACUUCUACAGUGGUUAAGCCUAGCGUCAGUGUUCCUUCAGAACCUCAUCCCUUAUCUACAGUUAAUCAAGAAGAUUCACAGCCAAACCCCAUUCCAACAAAAGAGAAACAGCCAUGCUCAGACAGAUACCGAAUAUAUAAAGCCCAGAAACUGAGAGAAAUGUUAAAAGAAGAAUUAAGAAAAGAGAAGAAGCAAUGGAAAAACAAGUAUGCCAUAAAUGAAAGCCAGAGGCCACCAGAUCGUUCAAAGAUGACUAUGAGAGACUUCAUAUAUUACCUGCCAGAUAGCAAUCCAAUGAUUUCUUCACUGGAGCAAGAAAAGAAAACUGAAAAAUCAUUGACACCAAUCCAGAUGAGAGAGCAAGAAGGUAAGAGUACUCCUGAUACUGAAGAUAAUGAAGAACUAGAAGAAGACCUGGAUGAUGGCCCAUUGCUGGUUCCCCGAGUAAAAGUGGCAGAAGAUGGUUCUAUAAUUUUGGAUGAAGAAAGUUUAACUGUAGAAGUUUUAAGGACAAAAGGUCCCUGUGUUGUUGAGGAAAAUGACCCCAUAUUUGAGCGUGGUUCUACAACUACAUAUUCAAGCUUUAGGAAAAACUAUUACUCUAAACCAUGGUCAAAUAAAGAAACAGAUAUGUUUUUUUUAGCCAUCAGCAUGGUAGGAACUGACUUUUCUAUGAUUGGACAGCUUUUUCCUCACAGAGCAAGGAUAGAAAUUAAGAAUAAGUUUAAACGGGAAGAGAAAACAAAUGGAUGGAGAAUAGACAAAGCAUUCCAGGAAAAGCGCCCUUUUGACUUCGAUUUUUUUGCUCAUUUGCUUCAGAAAGUUCUUGCUGAAGAAGAGAAAAGAAAACAAAAAUCCAUUAAAAAUCAGAUUUUAAAGGAGAAGAAAUCCUCUAAACCACGGAAAAGUGUAAAAGUGAAAAAAGUUGCCAGUGAAGGAGUCAGUGAUGAUCCAGAUGAGUCUAUGAGUGCUAAAAUUUCGGACACAGAAGAAACUCAAAAGGAUGCUCAGACAGUUAGACAACAGUCUCUGACUUUAUCAGGACAGGAUUCAGAACAAAUUGCAUUAGAACCAGACCUAACUCAAAAGAAAAGGAGAAGGAAGAAUCAGGAUGAAGCUGGUAAACAAGAAGUAAAAAAUGUUCCUGGAAAUGCCAUUGUUCAGCCAGGUGCUUCUAAAGGAGAAAAACAGAAAAAUAAAUGUCAGUCUUCAAGGCCAGAGAUAAAUAAAGAUGAAGGUAAUAAGGAACAGAAGCUUUCCUGUGUACAAAACAUAGAUGACAUUGAAGAUUUAUCAUCUAGUGAUGAAGUUGAGGAAAAAACUGACCCUAUCCUUUCAUCAAGUAGUCAUUCAGAUGCCAUGUCAGUAGCAACUGAGAUUUCGGAAUCAGGCACUUCAGAUUUGCAUUCAUUGGAAGUCGGAAUUAGAGCAUUGUGUGAGGUGAAUAAUGCUGAGACUAGUUGCACAGAAGAAAGAACUGUUGACUUAAAAACUAAAUCACUGGAAACUGAUCAAACAGAAAAUGUUAAACUGAUGGCGAGAGGACGACUCCAGAGGCCUAAACCCAAUUUAUCAAGGGCUCUUGGGAAGAAAUCAGUUCUUCCACAAGGUAAAGCAUGUGCAGAGAGCAAGAGUUUACAUCUAGAAACUUCAGUUGAAAAGACUCACAUGGAAAAGGAUAAAGUGAAUACAUUUGACGUUUCUGGAAUGGAGAAUACACAGAGAGAGAACUCAGAAGCUGAUUCUGUAUCUAAUUUGAGUGAAAAAAUAUGUCUGCAGGAAGAUGAUCAACCAAAGGCUUUUAGACCUGCACGACUAAUGAGGGGCCGAUUUCAAAGGCCAAAGCCAAAUGUAGGUAAAGCUGCUGAAAGAAGAGAAAUUCUUACAUCACAGGAAGAAAGUGGGGCCAGUGUAGAAAAGAAUGAAAAUGAAUUCUAUACUCCUGAACAAAUAGAAGAUCAAUCAUGUAAAAAUUUUGAGUGUGGAGAUAUCACAUCACAAUCUGAAAAAAAAGAUACUUUUUUCCAAAAUGUGCAGCUGGAUGAGCCCAAGGCUCUUAAUGAAUGUCUAAGUAUUCAAAAGGAUAAUAAAACAGAUAAACAAGUUCCAGUUCUAAAGAAUCAAUUUCAGAAACUAAAGCCAAAUAUAGGAAGAGAACCUGGAAGAAAAGACAUUUUUUCAAAUGAAGACAUACCAGAGGAGAUUCUUGCCUCUGGGGAAGAGACAGCAGCAAGACUGGAAUCCUCACCAAAGGAGAAGGUACUAGUGGAGGCUAAUACUAAGGAAAUGGUGUCAGAGUUAAAAGAAACAGGAAGAAGAGACAUCUCUCCUAAAGAGAAGGUACUAGAAAUGAUCGACGUCACUGUGGAAAUGGAGACAGAUUUGAAGGAAACUGGAAGAGAGAUUUCCCCAAGGGAGAAGAUAUUAGAGAUGUCUAAUGCCACUGAGGAAAGAGAGGCAUAUUUGGAAGAAACCAGAAGAAAAGAAAUAUCCCUACAAAACAAUGCCCCAGAAGAGGUCAACACUGUAAGUGACUUAGAGAUAGAUUUGAAGGAAACUAGAAGGGGGAUUUCCCCAAGGGAGAAGAUAUCACAGGUGACUAAUGCCACCGAGGAAAGAGAAACAGAUUUGGAAGAAACCAGAAGAGAAAUAUCCCUACAAAAAAAUGCCCCAGAGGAGGUCAACACCGUAGGAGACUUGGAGCUAGGUUUGAAAGAAACUGGAAGGGAGGUUUCUCCAAGGGAGAAAUUACCAGAGGUGACUGAUGCUACUGAGGAAAGAGAGACAAAUUUGGAAGAAACCAGAAGAGAAAUAUCCCUACAGAAAAAUGCUUCAGUGGGAGUCAACAUCGUAGGAGACUUGGAGCUAGGUUUGAAAGAAACUGGAAGGGAAGUUUCUACAAGGGAAAAGAUAACAGAGGUGACUGAUAUUACUGAAGAAAGAGAGGCAAAUUUGGAAGAAACCGAAAGAAGAAAAAUAUCCACACAAGAAAAGGCCCCAGAGGUUAAAACUAUAAGUAAAACAGAGACAGAUUUGAAAAAAAUUGAAAAAGAAAUUUCUCUAAGGGAAAAAGUACUAGUGGAGAUCUGUGCCAUGGGAGAAAGUGAGAUUAAUUUGAAAGAAAUUGGGAAAAGAGACAUUUCCCUGAUGGAAAAGGUAUCAGGAAAGAUGACAGUCAUUGAGGAAACAAAGGCAGAUUUGAAAGAAACUGGAAGAAAAAUUUCCUUGAAAAGUGGAUCAGAAGAGAUGAAUGUUACGGAGAAAAUGGUAGCAGAUUUGAAGAACACCGGAAAACAUGACAUUUCUCUAAGGGAAAAUGAACCAAAGGAGACAGAGACCUCAAGACAAACUAUGACAGAUUUAAUGCAGAGCAGUAGUGGCGACUGCAGCACUAUGCCUUCACUAAAUGCUAAAAACAUUAGCAGUGAAGGACUUUCCAUGGUGCAUACAUUUGUAGAAGAAAAAAGAAAUUCUGAAAAGGAAGUAUCAGGUCAGUUGAGUCGUUUGAAGACUUCUGAACAUGAUAAAACAGAAGACCAGGGGACACGAUCUCCAGAUGUUCCAGAGCAGUUUUCAGAUGUGAAUUUAAGCAGAUGUCUUCCUCAAGAACAGAAGCCAUUUGAAGUUAAGCCAGCACCUUUUGUGAGAAGUCGAUUAAAAAGACCAAAGCCAAACUUAUCAAGAGCAGCUUUAAAGAGAGAGACUGUGGAAGCAGAAAAAUAUGUACCUGGGAAGAAAUUGGAAAUGGAUAAAACAGAGACUAUUGUGAUACAACAGGAUGAUGAACAAAUGAAUACUCUCCCUUCUCAGCAUAGUGCGGUGGCUUCCCUAAUGACAUCAAGAGAAGAAGACAAAUCUGGGCACAGGCAGAAGGAGGCUGUGAUAUUAUCAUGUGUACAGACUGAAAAGGAUCUUUCACCUUCAAGUUCUUGUGAAUCUAAAGAGGAGUCUCAGUCUACACAAAUCCAAGAAAAAGAAUUAGUUGUUUCUAUGGGGACUCCUAAUGUACACACUUUUCAACAAGAAAUGAAGGAAAGUGUUAUCCAGACUGCUCGACCAGUAAGGGGACGACUUCAGAGACCCAGACCAAAUAUUAGAAAGGCUGGACAGAGGCAAAUUGUAGAAAAAGGUGAAACCAAAGGUAUAAUUAAGAAAGAAAGAACAAUACUACAAAAAGAUGAAACUAAAAAGAAAUUCCUGACUGAGCCAGGAACCGAAAUUGAAGUUAUAUUCUCCAAAGGUUCAGAAGGCAGAAUGUAUGAAAAUCAGAGUGACGUGUUUCUUAUAGAAGACCUUCAUGUUAACAAAAUUAAUGUGUUAGAUGAAAAGAUGAGACAUGAACAUAAAAUGUGUGUUCCUAGUCCAGCACAAUUCCAAAGGCAGUUCCAAAAAGCUGAUCCAAAUUUGAGAAGAGCACAUGGUAAAAAAGCAGAAUCAGGUAUAGAAAAAGACGGAAUAGAUCAGAGCGAGGCAAGGAAGCCAGAAGAUACUUUGCUGCAGAAAGAAGAUUCUGACACCCAGCUCCUUCAUAAAGAAAAAGAUGACCUUCUGACAUCUACUGAGGUUUCAGCAAGAAAAGAUUUUGUAGGUUCCAAAGAACCUGGUUUGGCCAAAAAAGGUGCUCAGUCAGAAGUUGGACCAUCAGCAAGUGUUGGACAGAAGACUGUAGGGGAUAAUUCUGUGUCUUCAGUUGCUGAAGAGCAGUAUCUCAGUAAACUAGCAAGCUGUACACAACUGUUAAAAGAAUCACAUUACUCUAAAAUUGCUCUGAGUCGAAGAACAGCUAUCUCUUCUGCCCCUGGGUGUGAGAUAGAUCAUAGUGAAAGGAGAAUGUAUCGAAAGAUCAAACCGAAUGUCACCAAAGGGCGUGGAUCCAAACGAAUUCGGAGUAAGACUUCUAAGAAGGAACCUAGAGCUUCCAAGGCCAUCCUGGUAACGCUUCGGGCUUCACAGGAAGAGGACGAAGAUGAUGCUGAAGAUUUUGAGUCUGACUAUGAAGAAGAAAGCUAUCAUCUUGCUCCAGAAGAAGUAAACAAAGCUCCAGUGUUUGUACCUGUGGGUCUCAGGUCUCCUGAACCUGUUUCUGCUCAGAUCGAGGAAACUAUGGAAGAGCUUGAAAUAACUGUGAAUGUCCCAGAUAUAGGAUUCAUAACUGUUGAUGAACAUCAGUUCUUAAACACAGAUGUGACCACUCAGGAAAUGAAACAAGAAGAAAAUUUGAAUGCAUUAUCAGUUGAAAUGACCACAGGUGAACAUACCCAUGAUGAAACAGGUCUCAACGAUGGAAGCACAGAAGCUGCCAUAACUUUACUUACAAUGGGAGAUCUAGUGUUGCAAUCAGAGAUCAGUUCAGAACAGAGUGAUGUAGCAGUAUGUGUAUUUCCUGAUGUUCCUUCAGAGGAUAAAAGCCAUAUUCCUUUUAGCCCAGAUGAUGUAAAUUAUAAAAUUGUUCAUGAAGGUCAGGAGCUUUCUUCGCUUGACAGUAGUACAUCUCCAUCAUUAGAAGAAAACAAGAUUGUAUUGGAGGAGCAAAGUACUAAAGAAGAAAUUGGUUUAAUGGAGAAAGUAAAGGGAAACACUGUAUCAACCAGGAAUACAACUUGUGAAGUGACUAAUAAUUUGGGAAAUAGAUUUGCCAAGCCUAAGCCAAAUCUUAGGAAGAUUUUAGAGACCAACAGCUUUGAUGCUCAUCAGGAAGUUCCCAGUUUGUUUGUAACUAAAGAAGAAGUAGAAAUUCAAAGAGAAACAAAAAAUGCUUCUGAAACAACAGAAUUAGAAGAUAAAAACCCUGGAUCAGUUACAACAGCAGAGAAUACGGAGCGGAGCAGAUUGGCAUAUGUACAUGGUAUUGAAGAGACCUGUAUUUCUUUGCAGGAAGCAAGCCUAACUGAAAGAAAGAAAGAUCAAGAAAGAGGAUCUCAAGAGGUUCAGAUAUUGUCAGUGGCUCCAACAGUUUCCUCCGAGACAAGGCCUCACACUCUUGGUUUGGGUACGGGUCUUGGUGAGAGUUCUAUUGGAGAGCCCCUGAGAAAGGACUCUAAUGGAGACAAUGUGCUUACCCUUUAUGUGCCAGAGUGUACAUCAGCUAGUAUUCCAGAAGUCCAACAAGAGAAUGUAAUCAAUCCUCAAGAUUUAACAGUGAAUCUAGUUGCUAACGUACAUCAUGAUGGUGAGGAUGAACAAGCAUUCAUUUUAACUCUGGUGGAAAUUCCAACCAAUGCAGUGGAAGAAUUUACUGAUACCGUUACACAGUUAAUACCAAACCCUUUACUGCCAGCACCCAUAUUGGUCAAAUCAGUGAAUACAGAAGAAAAGGGUGACAUGAGUAUGAGUUUUCCAGUAACUUCAGUUGGUCCAGAUGCCAUGUGUUUAUCUAAUUCUGGAAGAGAUGAUUCUGAAAAGCCUCCUGCUAAUUUGGAUCUUAUAUCUAGGAAGAGAUUUCAUUGUAGGCUUGAUGGAAGUGACCAUGGUCCUUCUGCCAAAAAAAGUUCACUCACUUUAAGAGACGAUUGUCAAAAAUAUAUCUCUGAGGUAUGUUCAAAGGAAUUAAUAAAGGUUUUUGAGGAAAGAGGGAAGUCUUACAAGGGACAAGAUAUCUUCCCUACCUCAGAAAGCACACAUACAACUUCAGAACCUCAGAAAGAGCAACUUGAACCAAUUCUUCAGAGUACAGGAUCUAAAUCUCUUGAUAAAAUAAUAGAUACACAUAUAGAAAAGAAUACACCUCAGUUACCUCAGGAUGAGAUGAUUGUGUCUGAUAAGGAAGAAAGAACUUGUGCAGCUUCUAAGGUUGAACAGAUGGAUAGCGUCACUUCAUCUUCAAAAACUCCACUAUCCAGACCUGGCAGAAGACCCCUGGGAUUUUUGUCUUUAAUAUGCUCAAAGAAUACUUUGGAGUCUGAUGAACCUAUUCCAGUUCAUAGUAAGAAACGCCUAAGACCUCUUUUACCUGUAUCAAGACAGAAUUUGAAAAGAUCUGGUCUACUCAAUGCAAGCCAUAAAAAAUUUCAAGAGUCCUCUGAUCUGCUUCCAUCUCCAAAUGUUGUUAAUACUCAUGCUGAGAAUAUUGACAGUUCAGCUCAGGUUUCUUGUGAUUGUUCGUUACCGAAAGAAGAAUGUAGAAGUGUCCAAAAUCAGGUACUUGAAGAGGAGCCAACCACAGUCUCUGAAUAUUUCUUUAGUGAUAUCUUUAUUGAAGUGGAUGAAACAAAAUAAGGUCUUUUUUCUUUCCUUCGUUAAGUCCAGGAUUUCCAGAGUAAAUUAUAUUAACAAAACAGUAUUAAGAAAAAAGCAUCACUGUCUAUUUUUUUUUAGGUUGAUUUCAGUUAUUUAAUGAGCCUGGUUUGAAGCUUUUAUAAUCAGUGGAUAACAUUACUGAGGUUCCUUUCAUUCUGGUUGAUUCAUCAUUUUGGAGAUACAAGCAGUUAAGAUUGCUUUCUCAGACAGAAAUAGCAACUCUUGUUUACAUUUUGACUCUUCCUGUACUGAACACACAUGGACAUUUUGGAAUGUUGUGCGUGGAUAAAUGUCUUUAUAAAUCACAGUGCCAAUACAUUUGGAGGUGGAUUGUAUUUAACAUUUAGUGACCUACUUUUGUGAGGGUUUUUUUCUAUUUGUUUGGAUUUUGUUUUUGAUGGUUAAGGCCUUUUCAGUUGCCUUUUAAGUAUAUGAAAGCAAAUUGUGAAACUCCACUUUAGUAUAGUAAAAGUUAAAAACUUUUCUAUUAUCAGCUGUUUGACUGAAAAAUAUGUAUUUUUCUAUUUCAUGUUGAUGUAACAUUAGUCCUAAUUGAAGAACUAGUAUUUAAACUUAUUAUUUAUAAAGAUAAAACAUCAAAAAGCUAUUUAUUUUUAAAUUUUUUUAUUUAAAAGAAUAUUCAGUUUUAAUUAUUUCAUCCCUCAGAUUAUAGGUAAAGAAGGCAUUCACAAAUUUGUCUCCUUUCCUUCUUUAAUUUUAAAGAUAUUUAAAUUGAUAUAACUGAAAGCGUUUGGAUAGUGUAUAUGUUUUGAAUACUUUUUCUCAUAGUUUAGUGUAUUGACUUUGUACUGUGAAAUGUUUUUUUUCUUAUUUUUUGGAUAAUCUCAGGAUUUAUUUGUAUGGGAAAAAACCCCUUAACUUCAUUUAUGAGACAAAUUUCCAUACAAAACUCUAUCUCCUUUACACAGACAUAUACUCAUACAUACACAUUCCUUUUUUAAAAUACAAAUUUCUUGAUAGCUUUUCCCCCUAUUAAAUUCUACUUGAGGAACACUUAGGCCUUUAAGCACAGAAUAUAAUUGUGAUGUUAAAAAUAGAAAAUAAGAUAAUAAGACCUUAUUAAGUCAGUUAUCAUCAAUAUGAAUUUAAGGGUUCUUUUUGAUAUUGUGAUUUAUUUAUGUAAUUCUGUUACCCACCCAAGCAAAUCUUUGGUGGUUCAAAUGAAACUUCUCACAGAGAUUUAUUCUUGUAUUUGAAAAGCAUCCUGGGUUGAUAAUAUAGUAGACUGGGAGUCAGAAACAUUUUCCACAAAAUAUUUUCAAGUUUGUGAGACAGAUGGCCUGUGGCAGUAAAUACUCUAUUUGCCAUUUCGGUUGAAAACAGCCACAGGCAAUACCUAAAUGAUGGGCAUGGCUGGAUUAAGCUUUUAGUUUGACCCCGACAUUAGACAGUAAUUUUUUUACCUUAAGGUGCUGAUGUCUUUAUCCAAUGAGAUAUUUGUCAUUGAAGUUAUAAGUUGUGCCUAACAAUUAAAACUGUGUUAAUUAUAUUAUGAAAGGAUCAGUGUUUCAGUUGGAGAAAUAUUUUAAUUGUGUUUCUGUAAGGGAAAAAAAUGGUGGCCAGUUUUCAAGUUCAUUAGUAAAAUAGGAUAUGGAUCAGGAAGAAGUACAACAGUAAUCCUAAUUUAUUAAAACAAUUGAUAUUAGAGCACUUCUUCAUUUCCUUAUAUAAACUGAAAUUUAGUUUAAUUUUUUUGUCAUAAGGGGGGUCCAUAAAUCUGAGCAGAAAUUCUCAAUAGGUAUUUAUUUAUUUCAUGUGAUUAACAUAUCAGAAAAAUCAUGGUAGUAAAUCAUAAAUCACAUUGCUAUUUUAAUGCUGUUUUUAUAAAAUUUUAAAGAUCGCAUAUUCUAAAAGCUUUCUUUCACUUGAUUAAUGUUAAUUUGAGUGUUAGGUUGCCACAAUUAAACUAUUAUUUUAUUCCUGUAUAAUAUUUUUUAACUUCGUUAAUGUCUGUCUCUUGUUCAUCUACAGUGAAUUAAUUUUACGAAAGAUGUAACUUCUUAUUGUAUAAAGAAUAAUUUUAUCUUUGGGCAUUCAUUGUAUUAGUGAAUCAAGUCAGCCAGCUAAAUGACCCUAUUGUUAUAUCCUUAAAACUAAUCUUGGGAAAAGAAAAACGUAAUCAGUGUAUUUACCUUACAAGGUGGAAAGAUUUUUUCACAUCUGUAUUUAAUCUAAUUCAUGUCAUGAUGAUGUUGAGAAGAAUUUGUAUUAUAUAAAUCUUAAAAGGAGCUAUGAUCAAAGGUCUUUGUAUUCUCUUGACUUUUCCUCCUAAAUGCUUAUAUCUUAGCAAUGAUCAACAUGAUGGUUUAAAAGCCUAAUUAUUAGUAAAUGAUUGAGGCACAGAUAAAAAUAUGAAUAUCCACUGUUUACCACCAUGUUAUUUGAAAUAGAAGUGACCAUGUAUACUAUCUUGCUUGAAGAAGUCUGUGACAAAAAAGCAAUAUCUGUCAUUUGCAAAUUUUCUUGUUCUAAAGAAAGCAGUUAUGUUCUGUAGAUAUAAAUUAUGUAAAUAAAAGUUAUUUUAUACUA